AUGAAAGUGUUUUCUGCUAACCGCAUGGUUCUGGUCUCUACUCUAUUAUUGCUUCUCUUUCUCCUUCAUUCUUCUUGUGAUUCACUUGAUAGAAUAACCCCAAGCCAACCCCUUAGAGAUGGCGAUAUUUUGCUCUCCUACCAAGCAACCUUUGCCCUCGGUUUCUUCACCCCAGCAACAAUUCCAGAAACCGCUAUGUCGGAAUAUGGUUUCAUAGAUUUCUCUAAACAAACCCUAGUUUGGGUAGCCAAUAGAGAAAAUCCUGUUAAUGAUACUUCUGGAGUUUUAUCUAUCAGUGCCCAUGGAAACAUGGUUGUUCUUGCUCUUAAUGAUAUAAAUUCUAACCUGAACCCUAUUUGGUCUUCCAGUGUUUCCAUCACAUCUUCCAAUGAAACCUACUUUGCUAAGCUUCUAGACAUAGGAAACUUGGUUUUAGUUAAAAAUGGAGGAAGGCAUGAAAAGGUUUUGUGGCAGAGUUUUGAUUAUCCAACUGACACAAUCCUUCCAUUUAUGAAGCUCGGGUUGGACCGCAGAACCGGGUUCAACUGGUUCCUUAGGUCAUGGAGAUCCCCCUACGACCAAGAUUUGGGAACAUGA